AUGACAAGAAUCUCAGGUGGUUUGUCAGAAGUCCGGUUCACUAAGGUUGGUAUUAUUUGUCUUUGGAAUCCAUUAACUCGUGAAUAUAGAAGAAUACGUGAUCCACCGAGGGAUGAUGCGCACUUGAUAGGCUAUGGGUUUGGUUACGAUUGUCAGAAUGACGAUUACAAAUUGGUAAGACUACUUCAUGGUUCGGAAGCUGAGGUCUAUACAUUUGGAUCGGAUUCAUGGAAUCAAUAUCAAUGCCCUUUUGUAUUUGCUUCCGCUCCCACAGAAUACUAUGGUGUGCGUUUGAAUGGAGCGCUUCACUGGAAAGCUAAAAAGAUUAUAGUUUCUUUUGAUGUUAGCGAUGAGAUAUUCAAAGAGUUUCCACUUCCAGAGCAACCCUUGGACGACGGUGGUGGUGUAGAAUUGGGGAUAUUGGAGAGCUGUCUUUGUUUGGUUUCUUAUAGUACCAGUGGUCGCUUUGAUAUAUGGGUGAUGCAGGAUUAUGGUGUGAAAGACUCUUUGGACUAA